AUGCCUACACAAGUCCGCAUCUUCACUUCGCCAAGGUCUCUUGGUGAGACGCUCUCAACUCCUAUUCAGCUGUCCCCCGCCGCCACUCCUCGCUCCGUGCCCGAAUUUCCCGAAGUGCCAAAAUCCACCAUCAGCCCGACCCUCAAGGCCCGCCAGCACGCCAUGUCGACGGCCUACGACGACGACCAGCCCAAGGGCGGUGUCACAUAUGCUCACCAGGAAAAGCUCCCCAAGCUCCCCAUCCCGGACCUCGAGCUCACCUGCCAGAGAUAUCUCACAGCACUAAAGCCCCUUCAGUCGCCCAGGGAGCACGCUGAGACGAGGCAUGCCGUGCACGAGUUUCUCAGGAAUGAAGGACCCGAGCUGAACGAGAAGCUCAAGAAGUACGCUGAAGCGAGGACGAGCUACAUUGAGCAGUUCUGGUAUGAUUCGUACCUCAAUUUUGACAAUCCUGUCGUCCUCAACUUGAACCCCUUCUUUCUGCUUGAGGAUGACCCGACACCCGCCCGGAACAACCAGGUGACGCGGGCCGCGUCGCUGGUGGUCUCGGCCUUGGAGUUUGUGAGGGCCGUUCGCAAGGAGGAACUUCCGCCAGACACGGUCAAGGGCACGCCGUUGUGCAUGUACCAGUACUCGCGACUCUUUGGCACCGCCCGCGUGCCAACCGACGCAGGGUGCCAGAUAGAGCAGGAUCCUGACUCCAAGCACAUCAUCGUCAUGUGCCACGGCCAGUUCUACUGGUUUGAUGUCCUGGACGACAACUCGGACCUGAUCAUGACGGAGCGGGACAUCGCCGUCAACCUGCAGACUAUCAUUGAUGACGCCGCUCAAACUCCGAUUCAGGAAGCUGCCAAGGGAGCCCUGGGCGUGCUCAGCACCGAGAACAGGAAGGUCUGGUCCGGCCUGCGAGAUGUCUUGACGAGGGAACCCGGCUCCAACAACGCCGACUGCCUUAGCAUCGUCGACACGGCCCUCUUCGUGGUCUGUCUGGACUACACCGAGCCGACGACCGCUGCCGCCCUCUGCCAGAACAUGCUCUGUGGCACGAGCGAGAUCGAAAAGGGUGUCCAGAUCGGCACCUGCACGAACCGGUGGUACGACAAGCUGCAGAUCAUCGUCUGCAAGAACGGAAGUGCCGGCAUCAACUUUGAGCACACCGGCGUUGACGGGCACACGGUGCUUCGCUUCGCAAGUGAUCUGUACACCGAUACCAUUCUCCGGUUCGCGAGGACCAUCAACGGCAAAGCCCCGACUAUGUGGGCAUCCACCAGCCCGGAUCCGUCCAAGCGCGACCCGGAAAGCUUCGGCGAUGUCAACACAACACCACACAAGCUGGAAUGGGAUAUGAUCCCAGAGCUUCGCAUUGCCGUGCGCUUCGCCGAGAUCCGGCUGGCUGACCUGAUCGAGCAGAACGAGUUUCAGUGCCUCGACUUCAGCGCGUACGGCAAGAACUUCAUCACCUCGAUGGGCUUCUCCCCGGACGCCUUUGUGCAGAUGGCCUUCCAGGCGGCCUACUACGGCCUGUACGGGCGCGUCGAGUGCACCUACGAGCCGGCAAUGACCAAGACGUACCUGCAUGGGCGCACCGAGGCUAUCCGCACCGUGUCGGAGGAGUCGGUCCACUUUGUCCAGACCUUCUGGGCCGACAACCCGGCCGAGCAGAAGAUCGAGGCCCUCCGCAAGGCCUGCCAGCGCCACGUCGCCACCACGCGCGACUGCGCAAAGGCCCAGGGAUGCGACCGCCACCUGUACGCCCUCUUCUGCCUUUGGCAGCGCACCGUCGACAACAACGAGGACCUCAACAGCACCCUCUCCUCCACCAACGGUUACUCCUCCCCAUCUGACGCCUUCUCCGACAGGGGCUCCGCCGUCGGCAGCCCCCCGCGUGAACCACCAGCCUACCUCCUCGACGGCAGCACCGCCACCACCUCCCCUACCAUGACGACCGCCAUCCCCUCCACAACAGCCGCCCGCUCCCGCAACGACAGCACCACUUCGCGCGGCAGCGCCAGCCCGCACCACCAACCCCUCCCGCUCAUCUUUGCCGACGCCGGCUGGGACAAGCUCAACACGACCAUCCUGUCCACCUCCAACUGCGGCAACCCCUCGCUGCGCCAGUUCGGCUUCGGACCCGUGUCCGGAGACGGAUUUGGGAUCGGCUACAUCAUCAAGGACGAAGGCAUCUCCAUCUGCGUCUCGUCCCGGCACAGGCAGACGCGCCGCUUCGUGGACACGCUCGAGUCCUACCUGCUUGAGAUUAGGCGGAUUCUGAGGAUCACGGCCGCUGCCAAGGGUCCCGUGAACCGGGGCACGAGGGCGCGGGAGAUUGAUUCGAUGAGGGCGGGUGGUGGUGGUGGUGGUGGUGGUGGUGUUGGGGCUGGGAAGGGCGCGGUUGGUGGUGGAGGGUUUGGUAGUAGUAAUAAUAACAGGGCGAAGCUGAGGGGGAGGUUGAUUACGGGUGAGGGAUUGUCGAGGAAGGGGUCGGAGGUGGGCGCCAACGGCAGCGUGUCGUCGCCGACCGAGGAGAGUUUGGGUUUGAGUGAGGAUGAUGAGUUGGGCGGGUAUGGAUUUUUCGACGCCGGCAUGCUUCUGCAGGCUCUGAAAGCGCGCGGCGAGGCCUCAAACGGUGAGACAAAGCCGUCGGAACGGGCGGCGGUGCAGGCGAGGAGGAGGGAGGUUGGGAAGAAGUUGAGAUUGGUCGAGUACUAG